AGCCAUCGCCACCGCCACACAACACAACACCUGCCCACUCUAGUACCCCGCAAGUGGCCCGUAGUUUACACAAGUCUAUUCGGGGGGACUGGAUUUAGAAAAUACUUGAGCAAAAUGGUGCGCGAAUUGAACAUGGACACUCAGCGCCAGAACUUCUGGAAAGAGUCUAUCAAGAAGGAGGCUUACGUCCGGCUUCACUGGCUGGAGAAGUACAGCAAGGACUUUAACAGGGCCAGGAGCUCGCUCAACCGUCCCAGGCGGGAGGCAGCCGCGCCCGUCGCGGCUAAGAGCAAGAGUGCGCUGCCUGCCAUCACACAACGCCAGGUUCCGUGGUACGGGAAGAAGAAGGAAAAGGCCUCCGACUUUCUGUUGGAAAAGGAAGGGGACCCGAAUGCUCUUUUGGUGGAGAUGCGACCUGUGUCUUCACAGACACGCAAGCUGCUCUACGACGGUUUCAGCAAGGAAGGAACUGGGAGGUAUCAGUACCUGGAAGUUCGCAAGCUGCGAAAACCCGAGGACAAGUACGAGUUCCCGCUCACCAGCGCCUGGGAGUACGGCUGGAAGCUGAACGAAGUCAUCACCGAGAAACAGAUGAGAGCUCCUCAGUUUGGCCGCAGCCGGAUUGUUCAGGACACCUUCUACCGCAACAAAGGCAUCAUUCCACUGGGAGACAUUGCCACUGUCCAUGUGUAAAAA